AUGUCGGACGCUAGAUUACGUCGUGUGCAGAAGGAGAUCAAGGACUGUGCGAAAGAUAAGACGAGUAAUAUAUCCAUUGACAUGAUCGACGAAUCACCUUUCCACCUCAUCGGAGCAUUCCCAGGACCACCUGACACGCCCUACGAAGGAGGAUAUUACGAAGUAGACAUAGUGAUUCCUGAUGCGUACCCUUUCCAGCCGGUGAAGAUGAAAUUCAUAACGAAAGUGUAUCACCCCAACGUCUCAUCAGCUAGUGGAGCGAUCUGUCUCGACAUUCUCAAAGAUGCUUGGUCACCAGUUCUCACCCUCAAAUCCACCUUGAUCUCACUGCAAUCCCUCCUCUGCGAACCUGUACCAAAUGAUCCACAAGAUGCUGAAGUUGCCAAACAUUAUCUGGCAGAUCGUAAUUCCUUCAACGCCACUGCCAAACACUGGGCACAAGCCUAUGCACAAGCUCCAGCACAUAAGAAAAAGAACGAACCUGGAAAAGUAGCUACGGAUGCUGAGUUGGCCGGAUUAUCAGAAGAGAACGUUAUCGGGUUUACGGAUAUGGGUUUCUCAAGGGAUCAGGUGAUAUCGAUACUUAAGAAACUGAAUUAUAGAGGAAACAACGUCAACCCUCAAUCGUAUAAUGCUGUUCUCGAAGAAUUGCUGAAAUGA